GUUUUAAUUAGAUAAUUUUUAGUUUCCAUCAUGUUGCAGUGCUAACAUUUCAUUUUGCCCGUUUAACGUAAUAGAAAGGUGCGUGUUAUGUAACCUUGAAUCACGAGUUUUCAGUAUUGAUCUCUCAUCAUUAAAUUGUAUUUGUGGAAAGUCCUGUAGAAGGAUUGGCAGUACAAGUAACACCAGAAUUUCAAAUCAAGACUAAAACAUGCAUCGUGCACGGAUAGCACUCCAGGCUUCAACCAGAACUGGCUCCUCAGAAAGAUUUGCAUCAUGGCUCCUCAACAAACCUCAGGUCGCAGUUGUAACAGUAAAUGCCAACAGGCUGAAAAGUUCAACGGCGGCAGAACCUUUCCUCAAUGGCUCCAGCUCAGCGUAUGUGGAGACCAUGUACAAUACAUGGCUCUCGGACCCCAACGCCGUACAUGCAUCCUGGGACGCAUUCUUCCGAAAUGCGACCAACGGAGCACAGCCCGGCGUUGCCUACACACCGCCACCAAAUCUGGCGCCGUACUCCAAAAACGAAGUACCGCUCACGUCACUCGUUCCAGCAUCCGGUGGUAUGCCCUCAAUCUCAGCCGGAUCACCUAUCAAUGAAAAAAUCAUCGACGAUCAUCUCGCCGUGCAAGCCAUCAUCAGAAGCUAUCAGUCUCGCGGUCACCUCGUGGCCCGGCUCGAUCCACUGGGCAUCUCGACCGGCGACCCGAGCUCGAGCGGCGACUGGCACGGCGGCCUCCGAGCCUUCGCCAGUGAGGUGGUCAUUAGGCAACACGUUCGAUUCGAUGAGGCGGAUAUGGACAGGGUUUUCAAACUACCCUCUACCACUUUUAUUGGAGAGAAGGAGAAAGCUUUGCCUUUGAGAGAGAUCCUGAAUCGUCUCGAAGAGGCGUACUGUAACAACAUCGGCAUCGAGUUCAUGUUCAUCAACUCGUUAGAACAAUGCAACUGGAUCAGGCAGCGCAUGGAGCCGCCCAACGUUACAAAGAUGAACAACGACCAGAAGAGGUUGAUCCUUGCUCGACUCACAAGAUCUACUGGAUUUGAGAAUUUCCUGGCCAAGAAGUGGUCGUCAGAGAAACGUUUCGGACUCGAGGGCUGCGAGAUUCUCAUCCCGGCAAUGAAGCAGGUCAUCGACACGUCCACGCGUCUCGGAGUCGAGUCCAUUAUCAUGGGAAUGCCGCACAGAGGACGUCUGAAUGUUUUGGCCAACGUGUGCCGCAAGCCCCUUCAUCAGCUGUUCACCCAGUUCGCUGGUCUUGAAGCUGAGGAUGAUGGUUCUGGUGACGUGAAAUACCACUUGGGCACCUACAUCGAGCGUCUCAACCGCGUGACGAACAAGAACAUCCGACUGGCCGUAUGCGCCAACCCCUCGCACUUGGAGGCCGUCGACCCCGUGGUGCAGGGCAAGACGCGCGCCGAGCAGUUCUACAGAGGGGACAACGAAGGCAAGAAGGUGAUGUCCAUCCUGCUCCACGGCGACGCUGCGUUCGCCGGCCAGGGCGUAGUGUUCGAGACUAUGCACUUGUCGGACCUGCCCGCCUACACCACGCACGGCACCGUCCACAUAGUGGCGAACAACCAGAUCGGCUUCACCACCGACCCCAGGCAUUCACGCUCCUCUGCUUAUUGUACAGACGUUGCUCGUGUGGUGAACGCUCCAAUCUUCCACGUAAACAGCGACAACCCUGAAGCUGUAAUGCACGUAUGUAACGUGGCAGCGGAGUGGCGCGCUACCUUCCACAAGGAUGUCGUCAUUGAUAUCGUCAGCUACCGGCGCAACGGACACAACGAAGUCGACGAGCCGAUGUUCACACAACCGCUCAUGUACCAGAAGAUCCGCAAGACUAAGCCUGUUCUGGAAAAAUACGCCGACCAGCUAAUCUCCGAAGGCGUAGUGACCGCGGAAGAAGUCAAAGACGUGAAGGACAAGUACGAAAAGAUCUGCGAGGAAGCCUACAACCAGGCGAAGCAGGAAACGCACAUCAAGUACAAGGACUGGCUCGACUCUCCCUGGUCUGGAUUCUUUGAGGGCAAGGAUCCACUGAAGAUGUCCGCAACUGGCGUAGUGGAGGAGACACUGGUCCAUAUUGGAAAACGUUUCUCAUCGCCACCACCUAACGCGGCCGAGUUCGAAAUCCACAAGGGUUUGCUGCGUAUCCUCAAAGCGCGUAUGGAGAUGGUAGAGAACCGCACCGUGGACUGGGCUCUGGCUGAGGCUAUGGCUUUUGGCUCGCUGCUGAAGGAGGGCAUUCACGUGCGCUUAUCUGGAGAGGACGUGGAAAGAGGCACAUUCUCACACAGGCAUCAUGUGCUUCACCACCAGAAAGUUGAUAAGGCCACCUACUGUCCUCUGGCGCACCUCUACCCCGACCAGGCGCCAUACACUGUCUGUAACAGUUCCCUGUCAGAGUACGGUGUACUCGGCUUCGAAGUGGGCUACUCAGUGACAAAUCCGAACGCACUCGUUCUAUGGGAGGCUCAGUUCGGCGACUUCAACAACGUGGCACAAUGCAUCAUCGAUCAGUUCAUCUCCAGCGGACAGGCCAAGUGGGUGCGGCAAUCUGGUAUUGUGCUGCUGCAGCCCCAUGGUAUGGAAGGCAUGGGCCCCGAACACUCUUCGGCUCGCUUGGAGCGUUUCUUGCAGAUGAGCGCUGAUGAUCCCGACUACAUGCCACCCGAGAGCCCUGACUAUGAAGUCCGUCAACUGCACGACUGCAACUGGAUCGUGGCCAACUGCUCAACGCCCGCGUCUCUAUUCCACAUCCUGAGGCGGCAGAUCGCGCUGCCGUUCCGCAAGCCGCUCAUCCUCAUGACACCCAAGUCGCUGUUGAGACACCCCGAGUGCAAGUCCAGCUUCGACGACAUGUGCGAAGGCACCACAUUCAGGAGAUUGAUUCCCGAGGAGGGGCCGGCGGCAGAGAAUCCAUCGAACGUCCGCAAGGUAGCGUUCUGUUCUGGCCGCGUCUACUACGACUUGCUCAAGCAGCGCCGUGAUAGGAAUCUCGAGAAAGACAUUGCUAUUGUCAGGUUGGAGCAAAUCUCGCCGUUCCCGUACGACCAGAUCAAAGCGGAGAUCGCCAAGUACCCCAACGCGCAGCUGGUGUGGAGCCAGGAGGAGCACAAGAACAUGGGCUCCUGGAGCUACGUCGAGCCACGCUUCCGCACACUGCUGCAGAACCAGAAGCACGUCAGGCCUAAGUCCCAAUCACAAACUGGCGGUUGGUUUAGCCAACUGUUCGGCAAAGCUGAGCCACCCCAAACUGAUCAAACGGGACAACAAACCGAAACCGUUCCGCGUACCAUUAGCUACAACGGCCGUGCGACCGCCGCGUCGCCCGCCACGGGGUCGAAGGCGGCUCACAACAAGGAACUCAGAAAUCUCCUCGAAGAGUUUUGCGUGCUAUAAACGAGUUAGAUCGAAACUAUUAUUUCAAUAAAUACAUUACGAACCACCGCCGUCGUCAGUAGUCCAUAUCGGAAGCGGUUGAAAGCCGCGACUUAUAGGUAUCUGGAUAAUAAAAAGUACACUGAACCGUCCAAACUAUUGGACGUAAGUCGUGGACGGAAUCUUGAGCGCUCGGGCGUCCGAGAGAUAUCUCACAAGCCGCGUCCCAAACGACUGUGCACACCUAUCUGUCGCGGCUUAUGGACGCAUCCCAUAAUAAUUUGUUUCCGCUUUUUACAUUUAAUUGAUCGAAAUUUAGAAACCGUAAUUAUCAAAACCGCGAUAUAAAAUCUCGAAAUUAGGUAUUAGGUAUCGACAUACGUUGAUUAAAAUACUACUGUAUUUUUUUUAUUAGAUUUGAUUUUAGCUAUAACUGUCAGUAUUUUAAAACAAUUCUCUUUACAUUUAGUUAGAACUUAGAUAAAUUGUAAUUUAUUUAUUUCGUAGCGUAUUAUAUACGUUUAGUAGACACUAUUUAUUUUUAUUUUUUAAAUCGAUACAGCAAUAUAUUAUACGUAGUGUCCUAUUACUAAAUUGUAUUAGUAAAUAUAACAUUACGCUACUAGAGCUGAAAAUGUAAUGUAAAUAAAUAAAAAUAAUUAGUUGUUUGUUAUUAUUUUGUUUCUAUCCGAUAUAAUUAUUGUAAAGGGUAAAACGUUCCUCUGACUAGUCCAAGACUUGGAAUGGAGCUGUGAAAUUACCCGUCGUUUUAUAAUUUAUAGUCUUGAAGUUGCUCAGUUGAGUAGUUACAAUGAAAUAUCAGUAAGCGAUAGUUGUUUUUUUUUGUUCAAUCGAAACUAUUGUAACACCUGUAGUUUGCAGUUUGCACCCAAAGGAUAUUUAAUGAGAUAUUACUAGUGAGUAAUUUAAAUAUUAUAAUAAUUGUAAAGCUAUAAUUAGUUCUAAAUCUGGACAGAUUAAAUCUUAUCUACGUUGUACGUAAGCGGUAAUCAUUAGCGAUGUGAUGUUAAUAUAUUUUGCGACCGUACUACGACGUAUCCUUUCGCAUAGUUUUAGUUUCGUAGUUACCGCCAAUCUGGCAUCUUGUAAGGAGCAACACCAAACAUAUUAUUAUGCGUAUUUAAACUACUUGUCUGUAAAACUUUCAGUGUUACGAUAAUGUAUGUAUAUUAUUAUUAUUAUGUACCUAGAAUAAAAAUGCCUUGUUACAUUUGUGCGAUUAACAGCCGUCGCGUCGUUUGUUUUUCGUUGACUUAAAAGUAUAGCGGUUUGAUAAAAACGAGAUAAAACUAAUGAAAAAUUAUAAAAAUGCGAAACAGUAAAAUUACAAAAUGUAAAACCGUCUUACAUACGUAUGUCAUGUAUUUUCCGAAAUAAAUUUUAAAUACGUCGUAAAAAUUGCGGAACCCGUAGGAUUUGAAGACUGAUCUUCCUGGGUAUCAUGCCCUGAGCAUCUUGGCACUCAAGUGUACGUAAACAUUUGGUAAACACAAUAUAAAUACUUCAUUAUUAUUUUGUAUGGCUGAAAUAAAGCCCUACUUUUGAAGGAUCAUCCUCUAUCCACUAGUUGAGUUGAUCGCCAAAUGAAUAAGGCAAUAUUAUGAACAGUUUAAAACUGUCUGGUUUAUUAUGUGCAUUGUUAUAUCUAAAUCAUUAGUACAUAUUAUUAUGAUACGUAAACCACAACACUGGCUUUGUACUCGCUUGUAUUAUACGCACUAUUGUUAAAACUAUUUUGAUCUUCGUAUUUUGGAACUCGCUCAGGCUUGAAGGGGGAUGUAUGGCAGAUUGAAGAAUGUUUGUAUGAAAGGCACCCGUUUGGCAGGCCGCCUGGGCAAUUUAUUGCUACGUAGUUUGAUCUAGUUACUUUACAAUAAAUAUAUUAUAUUCAGUAAUGAA